UUCAUGUAUACUCUUCAGAAUUCUCGUUAUACUUUCCUCGCGUCUCGCUCCAAAGAAAUCGCUUCACACUUUCUUGGAUUCUAGGGCAACUUUCUCCGCAAAAUCUUUUUCUUCCAACUCAAGCCAACUGUGAUUGCAAAUAAAACCGCGCCUUCAGUGCCACGAUCAUUGUUCUGAUGGAAACUAGGGCAUGAAUUGGCCAAGCCCGCGCAGGAAAGAGAAUCAAAAAUGUUCUUCAGCGGCGAUCCUUCUAACCGAAAACGUGUUGAUUUAGGUGGUCGCAGCUCAAAGGAAAGGGACAGGAAGAACCUACUUGAGCAGACACGAGUAGAACGCAACCGGCGCCUAUGGUUGCGCCAGCAGAACUCUGCUGCACUGAGAAUUCAGAAAUGCUUCAGAGGGAGAAAAGCUGUCAGAACUGAACAAUCUAAGUUGCGAGAGAAGUUCUAUAAAGCCCAUGGGAAGUACUGUCAGAAUGUAGACAGGAAUUCUUUUGGUCUGGAGUCUGAUUUCCUCUACCAGUUCCUCUUUUUCUUUAAGGCAGAAAACAAUGAUGAUUUUUUAGCUCUUGUGCAUAUAUGCCGAUUGAUUCAGUGGUUUGUUCAAGACAAUGGGGAUGUUGUGAGGCUUUUUGCGGGUGUGGAUUACUCAUCCACGUGUACUUUGGUGAACUACCGAGUGAAGCAAUUUGUACAUGCUUGUAUUCGUGCUCUACAUCAUAAUAGAAAUCAGUUGAAGGAUCAACUUUUAUUAACUCCUGAGGAAUUGAAUAUGUCAGCUAUUCCUUUAUUGGAAGCUUUGGUAUUGUUAAUUGAUCCCAAAUUGUCGUGGAGCUGUAAUAUAGUAGGAUAUCUCUUUCAAAACAAUGCAUUCAGCCUACUCAGAGAGAUCAUUCUUACAGGAAAGGAUAAUGCAGAAAAUUGUUUUUCCAUUGGAAAGGGAUCAUCAUUGGAGCGUAUGCUUAUGGCUGUAAUAUGUCACGUUGGUCAGAAGCCAUGUAUCUGUUCACAUAUCAAUCCAAGAUAUAGCUUUUCUUCACAGAUCAUUACGAUUCCUUUCUUGUGGCAUCUUUUCCCAAACUUAAGACAGGUUUUUGCAGCAGAGGACCUAAGCCAAUGUUACAUUCAUCAAAUGGCAACGUUUGGUCAAAAUCUGAUCAAUUUACUACCUAAGGAUAUAUCAAAUGAAUUUCCUAGCUAUGCCUGUAUCCUUGGAAAUAUAUUAGAAACUGCUGCAAUAGCUUUGUCUCAUCCUGACUGUUCACUUGAUAUGGCCAUAGACCUUGCUGCUGUUACUACGUUUUUGCUCGAGCCACUCCCAUCUGUGAAAACAUCCAAUAGUAUAGAUGGUUCUAUGAUUGUUGAGGAUGACAUAAUUGGAAAUGAUGAAGUCACGGAAGUAGCUUUAGAUAGGAAAUUGGAGCAGCAAAUUUAUAAUGGCAUAAAUCCUCGCUUCCUUCUGCAACUGACAAAUAUACUAUUUAAAGAGAUUUCAUCUGUCAGUGGUUCAGAUUAUGCACCAGAUGAUAGAGAGGUUUCAGCUGUUGGGGCGGUUUGUUGGUUUUUAUAUGUUACCUUCAGCAAACUGCCACUUGAACGGAUUAUGACUGUGCUUGCUUACAGAACUGAACUUGUUCCAAUGCUUUGGAAUUUUAUGAAGCGGUGCCACGAGAAUAAAAAAUGGUCAUCUUUGUCUGAGUGGUUAUCAUACCUCUCGGGUGAUGCACCUGGUUGGCUGUUACCUCUGGCUGUGUUCUGUCCGGUCUACAAACACAUGCUUAUGAUAGUUGAUAAUGAAGAAUUUUACGAGCAGGAGAAACCACUAUCACUGAAGGAUAUUAGAAGCCUUAUCAUUAUAUUGAGACAGGCUCUGUGGCAGCUACUGUGGGUGAAUCAUACCACAUCUGCUAAUUCGGUGAAAUCUGUUCCAGUUAGUUCCGCUAGUAAGAGGCAGUCUGUUCAAGCCAUUCAACAGAGGGUUAGCGUUGUUGUCUCUGAGCUUCUCUCCCAGCUGCAAGAUUGGAACAACAGGCGGCAAUUUACUUCCCCCAGUGACUUCCAUGCUGAUGGGGUGAAUGACUUCUUUAUCUCUCAGGCUUUAAUGGAGCAUACACGAGCAAAUGAAAUUUUGAAGCAGGCCCCUUUCUUGAUACCAUUUACAAGCAGGGUUAAAAUAUUCUCUUCUCAACUAGUUGCAGCUAGGCAAAGACAUGGAUCUCAUGCAGUAUUGACUAGAAACCGGUUCAGAAUCAAACGAGACCGUAUUUUGGAAGAUGCUUAUAAUCAAAUGAGUCAGUUGUCAGAAGAUAAUCUUCGAGGAUUGAUUCGUGUGACUUUUGUCAAUGAAUUUGGAGUUGAAGAAGCUGGAAUUGAUGGCGGUGGAAUAUUCAAAGAUUUCAUGGAGAACAUUGCACGUGCUGCGUUUGAUGUACAGUAUGGAUUAUUUAAGGAAACAGCAGAUCACCUGCUUUAUCCUAAUCCUGGAUCAGGAAUGAUACAUGAACAACAUUUCCAAUUUUUUCACUUUCUUGGUACUCUUCUUGCAAAGGCUAUGUUUGAAGGAAUCCUGGUCGAUGUACCAUUUGCCACAUUCUUCUUGAGCAAAUUGAAACAAAAGUACAACUAUUUGAAUGACUUGCCUUCCUUGGACCCAGAACUAUAUCGUCAUCUUAUUUUUCUCAAGCAUUAUGAUGGUGAUAUUUCGGAGUUGGAACUAUACUUUGUUAUGGUAAAUAAUGAAUAUGGCGAGCAAACAGAGGAGGAACUGCUUCCUGGAGGAAGGAACCUACGUGUCACUAAUGAGAAUGUCAUUACUUUUAUUCAUCUUGUCGCCAAUCACCGCUUGAAUUUUCAGAUACGCCAACAAAGUUCUCAUUUCUUGAGGGGAUUUCAGCAACUUAUUCAGAAGGAUUGGAUUGAUAUCUUUAAUGAGCAUGAACUUCAGCUUCUGAUAUCAGGUUCAAUUGACAGCUUGGAUUUUGAUGAUUUGAGGCUGCAUACAAACUAUGCAGGAGGCUAUCAUAGUGAGCAUUAUGUGAUUGAGAUGUUCUGGGAAGUUCUCAAAGGCUUUUCAUUGGAAAACAGGAAGAAAUUUUUGAAGUUUGUGACAGGUUGCUCUCGUGGGCCAUUGCUUGGUUUUCGAUAUCUUGAACCUUUGCUAUGCAUACAAAGGGCUGCUGGUAAUGCUUCUGAGGAAUCUCUUGAUCGAUUACCGACAUCAGCUACUUGUAUGAAUCUACUAAAGCUUCCGCCUUAUAGAAGUAAGGAGCAAUUGGAAACCAAAUUACUGUAUGCCAUAAAUGCCGAUGCUGGCUUUGAUUUAAGUUAAGAGGAGACGUUGGAAUUAACGGUAUCUUUGGGUUUGAUACUACCGGUGGAGAAUGACUCUCCGAUAGACAGUUGUCAGAGUGGCAUUGGAGACGACAAAUAAUCGGAUGGUAUGGAAUGAAGAACAAAAAUACCUAGUGCACGUGCGCGCGCGCGUGUGUAUUAUUUAUCAUGAUUAUCAAUUUGUGUCUUGUGUAAAUGUAAAUAUCUAAAAUAUGAAUUGAUUUUGUAAAGUUCACCCUCUCCCAGGGGUUUUACUGAUAGUUUUCUAUGAUCACUAAAACAAAACUCCACUGGGAUAUUUUGUUAAUUUGUAUCUGAAGGAAAAAUUGCUACUAAUGUUGCUAUC